UUGCUCACCUUUGAAGCAGUAGUGGCAGUUCGCAGUAGGUGCGGUUUGGUCGGCUCGGCUUGUCAAUGACAACUCCGGAUGAAAACAUUGAGCGUUAUGCUACAGAGGCAAUGCAGAUCCCUCCUGGGGACCUGAUGAGCACAUGCUGUGGGCCUGUGAAAAGGUGCCAUGCCAUAACAGGAAAAGAAUGGGCAUUUGUUUUUUUGUCUGCCGUCACCUUGUUGACCUCCUUGGGCUUCACCAUCGACAGGCUAGCAGUACUGCCCAAACACUCGGAUGAUUUCACUUUUGCACUCGUCCUCCUGUUAGCAACUUUAAUGUGCAUGUUCUACGUCACCCAUGGCAUCUUCAAGGAACGACCAUAUGAAAUUGUCGUCUACAUCCUGAGCAUGAUCGUGGUGUUGGUUUAUCUGAUUAUGAAUUUCAGUACUAACACUGCUUCAGUCUUCAAAAUGGUCCGUAUGAUAGUAGGUAUCAUUUUGACCCUGCCCAACAUUGUACUGGCUUGUGUGGUGUUGAACCGGUACUGUUCCUGUUGGUGGUUCGUCUUCCGCAUGAGCUCUGACUCAGGUGUCCAGGGGAUGUUGAGGAUGUAUUUUGCGUGCCGAAGUCUCAUCACCUUGGACCUUCAGCUCCAGAUUAGCAUGCUCAUCUUUGUACUGGACAAUGGAUCUUCACUUGACCUUAAAGAGAAGCUUAUUUUGGGUUUUGGAGUACCCAUCACUGUUGCAUGGUUGCUCUGUGGCCUGUAUGGAAUGAAAUGGGAAAAUAAAGCCAUGACCGGAUUAUUCCUUGCUUUGAGCGUCUUUGCCUUUGUAUACAUUGGCUACCGUUGUGCAGGUCUCACUGCAGCAAAACCAGCUCUCAUCUUCUUCUAUGCAACAGUAUUUUGUGCUGCUGUUGCACUGUUGACGCAUCUAGCCGUUGUGAUCACAAUGAUCUUGGUGUUGCGGAACUUUGGGAGAGGACUUAAGAACAAAUUGGAACUAAGACCCAUAUCAAGUGGCAAUCCUGCUCCAAGCUGCUCUUUAACCCAAGAGUCUGCUUGAUGUGCACCCUUUAGCAACUAGCAAAAGAUGAUGAUUAUGAAGAGGCUAUGGCAACAACAUGAUACCAAGCAGUCUGCAUGCUUUCCUGCUGCUCAACAUUGUGACCACUCUGUCAAGAAGCAUUGUAAGGAUCUCCAUUACUUUCAAGGCAUUGUGACACUUCUAGCAUUUCUAGAUGACCCGUUGCGUGGUAAGCCGGGUUGUUAAAGUUACUUUGAAAAAGUAUCUGAGUUACAGCUACAGUUACAGAUACCCAAAAAUAUACUCAGUAGUUUUACAGUUACUUUCUAUAUUUUGCCACUUGAAUGAUAUGCCUGGCUGCUAUCACUUUUCCUUCCAGUCCUCUUCCUGUUUCUAUGGAUCUUUCUUUGAAUAACAGAUUGGGCACACACUGACUACAUAGCUCUGACUGAUAGCACAUGACUAGACUUAGUACGUAACACUGGACUGACAAGCAAUGCUGCAUUAGAAAGCUAUCAUAUGUCGAUAGCUCGUUGUGAAAUGAAUUUUUGUUUCUUUUGUUUGCUCAAAAGAGCACAGCCAUUCCAAAAUUUGUAUCAUUCUUGCAUGGUCGGAGGUUUGUAGUCACAAGACACCCCAAAUUAAACAGCCUCUUAGCUGCGGCACUGCUUGGCAGUCCAGUGCUCUACUUCAAAAAUACAGACUUGAAUACUGGGAAGGGCUGCAAGACACUAAUGUCUUUCAGUGUCGUUAAGGCUGUGUACUUUAGAAACUCCUCUUCCUACUCCGGAACAGAUGUUCUUGUUGGAUUGAAUGAAAAAGUGUGUCACAACCCUGAGCGCCACUAUCUGCAGUAAUGUACUGCGUGCAGCUCAUUUUCUGUAUUUCUGGCUUCUACAACUGCCACGCAAGGCACUGUUUCCUGUCCUCUAGCCAAUGUGUUUUGAAUUGUGGAAAUGACAUGGCAGCCACAACUAACCUUUCAUCUGACAUCAUUGAGCGAAACCACUCUCUUAGCCCUGCAUUGAAGGUUCUCUACCUGAGGUGCACAGUAUUUCAUGCAUUCAAGUGACAGCCCUGUGAGUUUUGUUUGAAGCACGGCUGUGGUCGGAAGAAAGUAUCCUUUAUAAUGGUACCCCCUUUGCAACAAAUUAACAGCUUGUGCUACUGGGGUGAUGACGUGCAUAUACACCCCAAUAAAGUCAUAGCCUGCCUUUGUAAAACCAGGAAUGUUUAACUUCUCACAAAUCUGUUUCAUUUCUGCAUCGUUCUGUGUGGGUACUGCAUGAAGAGUGUUCAAGGCAUCAAGUGCACAGAGCAUACACUUCAAUUCAAGAUUACUAUUGCCUUUUUUUGGAAACAAAUAAUGCAGUGCUUCGGGAGCGAGUGAGAAAGGAGUGGCCGCACUGAUUGUGUGGGUUCGAUGGACUGGAUUGUCUACAGUUUAUUGAGGUUCACAGGCUUGCACCCUAAGUCACCCGUAUCCCCACUUAACUUGCGCUGUUCAUGCCUAAUCUCGGUCAUUUACUGAACCAAAUGUACUCAAGGAGGAGUAAAAGUUACCUGUAAAAAGUAAUUCAAUUACAUUUACAAGUACCCCCUUAAAAAUGUAUCCUACUCAAUGUACAUAAAGUAUCUGAAUACAAGUACUCAUGUACUUUUAAUGAGUUACUUAACAACCCUGGUGGCAAGGUAGGGUUACAGUUUUAGGGCACACGACGUAACAGCUACACAGAAAAAUUGCUGAUCUCUAGAGCUACCCUUGUGGGAUAAACUCUCAUAAUGUGUACAGAGCAAGCAUAUCGACAACAACGAGAAUGGAGGGCCCAGAAGUGUGCUGAUACAAGCAAGUUGAUUGAACUCUACAAAAUUAAUGGAGCAGGAGGGACAACAGGCACACACACACGUGUGUAUGCACACACACAUGCACAUGAUGUCAGCAACAGGGUGGCAACGAUAGAUGUGGUAGCACUACGUAUUACACGCACACUCAUACUUGCUUCCAGUUCCAUGCUCUGUCUUACUUUUUGUGAAGGCCUAUGUGCUUGGCUAAAUCUCGUUCCUUAAAGGGAAGGAACUAAUCAUGUUCGGCCACGACUAUACGCAAGGCAAACACUGGAGCCAUGCAAAUAGAAAAAUUUCCAUUGUGAAUAGUUCAUGAACAGUUCACUUACACUGCGAAUCGAAUUCGAAUAAUCAGAAAAGGCCCAAUUCGAAUAAUUUUGAAUACCUCAUGGUGAAAUAUUUUGUGGUGUUGUGCUCAUUAGAUGAUGAUGUGCUCCAAACGUGUGAGCCUUUUCAACCACCAUAUAACAUAUCGUGAGAGAAGGGUCCCUAUGUGCUGUGUGUGGUAGACAGCAUUUGUGGGUGAACUGCAUUGAGAGUUAGUCAACAUGGUCCAUGCAGCCUGCUUUGUGUGCCAUCUCCUCAUUUCUCUGUUCACAUUGUGAAUUUCCUGUACUUUUUUUUAGAAACUGCACAUAUUUUCACCUGUUACUGAACAUAACUCUCAAAGUUGGGAGUACACUUACUGGAACCUGCAAUGCCCAGAGUAUAGUGUUGACAAUGAGCUCACAAAGUUUGUCGACUUUAGUGACAUAAUAUUCUAAACAGUGUAAAGCGGGCUUCACCUAGCGCUCCGAAGUAAUGAGGUGAAGCCGACUUGCCGAAUGGAGCCACACACCAAAAGAGCAAUGACAUUAACAUGAAGUGGGCUUCACUUAACCCUUGGAUGUAACGAGGCGGAGCCCAAUUGCAGAAUGGCGAUAACGAUACCUCGCUUCAGUACUAUUAGAAAAUAUUCAAUAAUUUCGAACACUGAAAAUAGGUUGUGAAUAGCAUUCCAAUAACAUCAGACAAUAUUAGUUUUGUAUUCGAAAUUUCGAAAUUCGCAGAGCUCUAGCAAACACAGCUUGCACACAGAGUAUGCAGGAGAACUGCACUUGAUUUUAGAAAGAUGCAGUCGUGGGUAAGUUACUAAAAAAAAGUAACUAUACUUUGGCACAAGUCAACUCUUACAGGCCAACUCUGUCACAGUCACCACCAACACAGCCUCUGCCUUUUUUUUUUUCUUUUUAACCAAGCCAUUAACCUGACUACUUAAGUCCACCAUGCAAAGUGACCCAUUCAAAGUGAUUCCUCCGACAGAUGCAAAAAUCUUGCAGAAUUCGAUUUUAAAGGAACAGUGAGGUGACACAUCGCUCAAAAUCCAGCCUCGUCUGUCAAGCUGCCCACCAGGAGUCACCAUGCUCUGUGGCGCGCUAUAACUGUGCAAUUGAAUUCACGAAAAACUGUUGGGGAAAGCAGCAGCGGACGACUGGUAUGAUUCUCGCAUGAUCCUCACGCGUGGAAGAAUGCCCCCACGUCUUUUCUCUUUGUUUUUUUCCUUCUCAUCUCACGCGCCACUUAUACACGCUUGAGCUGUGUCGCUGUACACAACUGGUCAUGCGAGGGGAGUAGCACAUGUCACAACAUCCUCUUGUUCUGCAGUGCUCCUUUAAGGGCUAAGGGCUGGGCUCCUUUAAGACGUCUGGCUUGGGAGGGUAUAUAAUGCGUCAGAGUUGCAAUGUAGUGCGCCUGCAUGCUUUCAACCCGUUGUUUCUACACUGAUCAUGUUGCAUGGAAAUUGUUGCAGUACCUCAGUAACUUAGUUCUAUUUUAGUUACUUCAACCAAAAGUGGAUAGCUAGGUAGUUAUGGUUACAGGUUACUUUUAUGGAAAAGUAGCUAGUUACUGUAACUAUUUACUGCAAAGAGUUACUACGCAAGACUGCUGAAAUGUUGCCUUAUCAACUCCACUAAUUUUAGCGCAGCAGCGAUGGUCAUAUCAUCAUGGCAACCUUCAAACUGAGGUGUGGGUUAACGCAGAGCCGUUUAUAGAGAGAGUUUGGCCAUUGGGAGGAACUCAGUUUGAAGCGUGCCAUGCCACGUCACAUCUGAAUGACUUCCCCCGCUGGGCUCUAUUGUUGCCCUGGCAUCAGCCGGCUGUCGACGCCAUUUUGCUGCUGAACGUUAUUUCUGAUGCAAGGAGGGAAGACAUGUGCGUACUUGCCCUUCGAAAAUCCUUCAUCCUUGAACUCUUUCAGUUUGGCAUCAAAGCUCCCCAUAUCACAAGAGGCGGUGGUUCAUAAGCUGGCGAUCUCUGUAGAUUUCAUUGUAUGCGACAAAGCACCUGUCGACCAGGUGGCGGACAGCAUCAAAAUAGCGCACCCCAAAUGGCUGAUAAGUGGAUUCUGGAUGGAUUAUGCUUGGAUAGAGGCUUUUUGGGUGGCGCAAUGGCAACUGGUGUCGAAAUAGGUUCCACCCACAAGGGGGCAAAAUAUUAGAAAAUGGCGGAACUCACUUUAUAAACGACUCUGGGUUAACAUGGUGAACUAGACAUUCUCUGCUUCCCCCUUUUCCACUCUCCUGGCUUGUUUUUUUGUUUUUUCCUCGCUGUAUAUGAUUUCUGUGACUGCAUUCUUCUGGUUUAUUUGUGUUUGUCACCCUUGAACGUCAAAGAACAUUGGUGGUAUACUCACCAAUGUUGUGUCAAAAUAUGACUGAUCACGUGAACAAAAUUAAUAUAUAAAAUGUAUUACUCAACUGUAUUACUCAACACUUUAUUCAGCUAGAGAAUGUACCAGAAAUCACUUCUGUCAUCACUUACUUUGAAGCCCUUUGUAGACACAGUUUAACUGUUGGCUUUUGUUUCAUAAACUUCAUGCUAGAGCACAUUGUGUAGGGUACCGCGAUUGUGAUGCCUACCGUGUACCAUGAACAUGAUAGUUGUAUCGUGAUGCUGUGAUCUGUCGUAUAAAUAGAUGCUCAUGUCUGAAGCUGGAGAGCAAGAUAAAAUCGGGUGAUAUUGCAUGAAAGAGCUGAUCUUUCGUGUGGAAAAGAAAAACUCUAAAGGAACUACACACAAGCUCGUGGAAGUGCCUGCAUUUGAGCUUUGGCGAUGGUGAUGAUGCAAAUCUGUAGUAAAAACGUAUUUUACCAAGUAUAACGUUAAAAUGUGAGGGUGCAUGCAAACACCAUGCAGGGAAUUCCAAUAAUUCAAGCAAAAUCCUGUGUGGAGCACAGCAACAAUUCAAGCCAAAACCUGGACAUUCCUGGCAAUGGGAACAUAGUAAGUGAUGUGUCAUGUGCCAUAUUGUUAUUUUUGUGAAUCAUUGCGCUAGCCUUCUUGUUGUACUGCUUACGUCACUAUUUGAGAGUUCCAGGUGUUCGUGUUUUCAUCAUUGAUAGACAACAUGAUCUUUAUUUUUUGUUAGCUUUUGAGGAUGAACUGCAUUGUGCCGCUUUUAGAGUGAACGUGGUCACUGAACUGUGAUACUUCUGCCUUGUAUGUACUUUUUGCUAGGUGAUAAAGCGGUCAUGAAGAGUAAUUUUACAUAACACACUUGUGUUGCAGCACAUUAUGCAUGCUACAAAGUAAUUUGUUUUGCUGCAUCACGUACAUUCAUGCUUUUAGUCAACAAGUGUAAAUUGUCUAAUGUUUUCAUGCAUAUCUGAUGUAUAAUGUCUCUAUGAACCACAUGAUGUUGUGGAAAAAUUUGUAUCUACUUGGCACGCUUUCUUUUAUGAUCUUGCAUAUCAUUUGUUAUUUUAUCAUGUUAUUUUCUAAUUUGCUAUGCCCCAUGAGCCUGUGCAGGUAUGCGAGUCAGAGCAUGUAUAUUUUUGUACAUCACUGAGAAACUACCAUACGACUCACUAGAAGUGUGAUAUAAUAUGUGAGUCAAUUUCGAUUUUUUACAAUCUGAUUGAUAUUAACGGUUGUUGAAGUUAUGUGAUGCGAUUACCAAAGAGUACUAUGUACAGAUUUCGGAUUUAUGAGACAGAAAAUAAAAGCUGAUAAAAAUCUU